GGCCCCUAUAAAAGCUGAUCAAAAUAAUACAUUUACCUCCGACAAGAAAAAAAAGAAAACAAUACGAUCCAGAAAUCAGGGAAAAGAAAUUAGAUCGAGAUGGGGUUGAAGGUUCACGGCAGCAAUACCUCAACUGCUACACUUCGUGUUGUUGCAACUCUUCAUGAGAAACAGCUUGACUUCGACUUUGUUUUUGUCAAUUUGAGAACUGGUUCUCACAAAGAAAAACCUUUUCUAUCCCUUAAUCCAUUUGGUCAAGUACCGGCGUUUGAAGAUGGCGAUCUUCAACUAUUUGAAUCCAGGGCAAUUACAAAGUACAUAGCAUCCGCCUACGAUGACAAUGGAACGCCACUUAUAUACAAGGACCCAAAGCAAAUGGCAAUAUUGGGAGUUUGGAUGGAGGUCGAGGCUCUCCAAUUUGACAUAGCAGGCAGUGCACUUGUUUGGGAGCUUUUCUACAAGAAUUCUAUCUAUGGACAGCCACCCGAUGCAGCCGUAGUUGAGGAGAACGAGAAAUCAUUGGCAAAUGUCCUUGAUGUUUAUGAGGGUCGCUUGGGUAAAUCCAAGUACUUGGGUGGUGAUUCCUUCACGUUGGCUGAUCUUCAUCAUUUGCCUAUCGUGCACUUAUUGAUGGACACUAAGGAGAAGAAACAUUUUGACGAGCGUCCUCAUGUUAGUGCUUGGUCGAAGGAUAUCUUGUCCAGGCCUUCAUGGCAGAAAGCUAUAGCAAUGUGGAAGCAGGUCUAUUAGACUUGAUAGUAAUGUAAUAAGCAAGCAUUUCCGAAUAUGCUAUCAGUCUGCUACAUUGGUAAUUUCUGCUUUGUUAAUUUUCUGUGGAGUGUGGACUAUAUGUUGCAGUUGUACUUGAUUCCAUGUGUGAAUUUGUGAGUGAUAUAUAGACUCACUAAUAAUAA